CCUCCUUGAUUCGAUCGAUAAGCCGUCUACCCCAGAUAAACCAGAUAACAGCCAAACAGCUACCGGCUUAUCUCCGACUGUGGAACUAUGAGCGCUUGUGCAACCCAUCUUCCACGAAGUCAGUGGUGAUUGCGCUGCCGAUCCGGCUGCAGUAUGACAUUCAACGGGACAGUCAUAAAGCCUACCAGGCCGGUUCGACUCAUUCUGCGCAUCUGCCCCUUGCUUCACGGUCCGCCAUAAAUCCCCCCUUGCAUCCAUAGAUCACAUCUCUGUCCUCCAAACAACUUGUACAGUUUUCAUCCUUUGCUUCAUCGGUAUUCAUCAUGGGGGAAGAGAAAUCACAACCACACACAAUGGUAGACGAAGAGAAGGAUGUCACCAAGUCCGUUGACCCAGUCCUUCUCCAGCAUGCGCAGGACGCGGACGAGGCGCUGGGGGUUUUCCAGGAUCUUCAUGGGGAGGUGAUUGAGCUCGACGAGGCGACAAAUAAGCGCCUCUUGCGCAGAAUUGACUGGCAUAUCAUGCCGAUCAUGUGUUUCGUAUAUGGCAUGAACUUCUUAGACAAAACGACCCUUUCCUACGCCAGUAUCAUGGGAAUCAAGACUGACAUCGAUCUGAAGGGCGACGACUAUCAAUGGCUUGGCAGUUUGUUCUACUUCGGCUACCUGGCAUGGGAAUAUCCAACCAACAGACUCCUGCAAAGACUCCCCUUGGGGAAGUACUCUGCUGUCUGCAUUAUCAUCUGGGGAGCUAUCUUGUGCUGUUUUGCUGCCGUGUCUAACUUCUCCGGAGCCGUUGCGAUUCGUUUCUUCUUGGGCGUCUUCGAAGCUUCCGUUACCCCAGGCUUCGCCCUCUUAACCUCGCAGUGGUACACCAAAUCCGAACAAGGCAGCCGCGUCAACAUCUGGUUCAGCUUCAACGGUUUUGCUCAAAUCCUCGGCGGUCUAGUUGCCUAUGGCAUCGCUAUUGGCACCGAGAAACACGGCUCCGCCAUUGCUCCCUGGAAGAUUGUCUUUCUGGUGACAGGCCUCCUGACCGUUUUACUUGGUAUCAUAUUCUACUGGGUCGUCCCCGACAGUCAGCUCAACGCGCGUUGGCUCACCAAGGAAGAUCGCAUUCUGGCCGUGGCUCGCGUCCGCGUCAACCAGCAAGGAAUUGGGAACAAGCACUUCAAACUCCACCAAGUAAAAGAGGCUCUAAUCGAUCCGAUGACGUGGGCAUUUUUCUUCUACGCUCUCAUCGCCGAUAUCCCUAAUGGAGGGAUCACCAAUUUCUUCAGCCAGCUGAUCACAUCCUUUGGGUACACUGCCGAACAAUCCCUCCUGUAUGGCGUUCCAGGCGGUGCCGUGGAGAUCCUCUCUCUAAUCGGUAGUGGCUUCCUGGGCCAAUAUACGAACCAGCGCCUCCUCUGCAGCGCGGGGGGUCUCCUCUCCGGCAUCAUCGGGAUGAUCCUCAUCGUUGCCUUACCAAUGUCUAAUAAUGUCGGUCGACUGAUUGGAUACUACUUGACCCAAGCCAGCGCUACCUCCUUCGUGGCUCUACUGGCUAUGAUCUCCUCCAACGUGGCCGGCUAUACCAAGAAGACCACCGUCGCGGCAAUUUAUCUGAUCGGCUACUGUGCGGGUAACAUUAUCGGCCCUCAAGUCUUCCGUCCCCAAGACGCCCCCCGCUACGUGCCCGCCGAGAUCACCAUCAUCGUCUGCUACGGAGUAUCGAUGAUGAUUCUGGCCUUGAUUUGGUGGUGGUAUCGCCGGCAGAAUGAGAAGAAAGCCCGCCUUCGCGCGAGUCCGGACUAUACCCGGUUGGAGAACCAGGAAUGGAUGGACCUGACAGACUGGGAAAACCAUGAACUUGUUUAUGCUUUGUAAUGACUGACACGAGUCAGGUCAAGUGGUAUUCCGGGCCUGGUGCCUAUAUGAUCACAACUACCAUUUGCUGUCUCAGGUUUCGGCUGGGUAUCACUGGCCUUAUAUACAGGUCGUUUAUGAUGU